GCGUAAUGCACGGAGAAGGGGGGGUAAUCUCGCAUCCAAUCUGAUGUCUCGGCUGCUAAAGUCUCUCCGGUCUCUGGAGGGGUGGGCUACACAUGCUUAUUUUUCCAGACACUUUCCGUCCGUGGCGCGUCUCCGGCUUUGAACGCACUUGGGCUCCGGACACCGGUGGCUACUGACACACUCCCACACACACGCACACACACACCCUCCCUCACUCACACAGCUUUGCAAAUGCACAGCCCAGGACUGGACUGGCCGGAGGAAUACAACAUCUGACUGAAAGCGCUGAUGCGUGAAGGAUGUAGAGCUGGAGGUGGGGGCAGGAUGGAGUGCUCCUGGAAGACGGUGCUGCUGCUGGUGUGCGCGUCUCUUGGGGUCCAGUACACGGCUAUCCGGACCCUGAGGGACUCGAUGUCUGGACCCUGUCAGAGAGCCUACCGCUGCAGGAGCAGAUACCACAGAGACUCCAGAUGGGCUGCCUUAUGCGAUGACAGCUGGAUGCCCGUCGAGUUGCCUCAGAAGCAUAUACUGCUUUUUGCGACAACGCGCAGCGGCUCCUCGUUCACCGGACAGCUACUCAACCAGCAUCCCGGGAUCUUCUACGUCUUUGAGCCCCUUUACCACGUCCAGCAGGCCUUCACCAACUCCAGCAGCAGGUUGCGUCGAACUUUAGACCGCCGGGCCUUGCUUGGAGCAUACAGAGACCUCCUCUUAAACCUGUACACCUGCGACCUUCACUUCAUGGAGAACUACAUCCGCCCUGAGGCCCAGGAUCACAUCACAAGCUCCUUUUUCCGACGGAGCUCAAGCCAUGCCCUCUGUUCUCCUCCAGUUUGUCUGGAAGGGGCGGUUGCUGCAAUGUCUGAUUCGCCUGAUGAAAUCUGGUGUCCUAAGAAGUGCGGGGCUCUGAACCUCACUCUAGCCGCCAUAUCAUGUUUGUCAAGAGGACAUGUAGCCAUAAAAACCGUGAGGAUCCCCGAGGUGGGAGACCUGCGGACUCUGACGGAGGAUCCGCGUCUGGACCUGAAGAUCAUCCAUCUGGUGAGAGACCCCAGAGCCAUCCUCGCUUCCCGCAUCAUGGCGUUCUCUGACCAGUUUCGCGCUUGGAAAAUAUGGAAUGCCACUGGACGCCAGCCUCGAUACGUGGACCUCUCGCAGAUCACCAGCACCUGUACGGACAUGGCUGCCUCUGCAGAAACGGGCCUGCAGAGGCCAGCGUGGCUGCGAGGGCGAUACAUGCUGGUGCGGUACGAGGAUUUGGCUCUUCACCCAAAUGCCGGGGCGACUGAAAUUUACAGGUUUGUGGGUCUGGAGAUGGAGGACAGAGUGAGGAUGUGGAUAUUGAAAAACACCAACAGCAAUGUGUCGGCUCCCUCUGAGUGGAAUUACAAAUACUCCACCACGAGAGACUCCAGAGCCACGGCAGAAAGUUGGAGGCUUCGUCUCAGCUUUGACAUUGUGAGAACUAUUCAGAACCUUUGUAGCGACACGUUGGCUCUGCUCGGAUACAAGCAGGUUCAUUCUGCUGCCGAACUCAGAAACUUGUCACAAAGUUUAGUGGAGCACAGAACGUUUCAACCUGUCACAUGAUGAUGCAAGAAAUCUGCUUAUUUAGAAAACGUCUCUAUGCUCAGAUUUUGGUCUGUCAAGACGCGGAUAAAAUGAAUGUAACUUAUUUGAAUCCUGACUGAUGCCUGAAAUACUUUGCUAUAGUUGGUAAGUUUUUGUUAAAUAUGUCAAAAGUGCCAUUUUUUUUUACAUGAAGAAAACUGGGAAACAGAAGGAUGCACUAUUGGUGCUACUACUUCUGCUGUUUACCUAUAACGCUUUGGCAUUGACCAGGGGGUUCAGUCAAGACUUUUUAAAAUAAUUAGUAUCUCUCAAGAUGCAUCCCCAGAAAACUCUGACACUGAUUUUGCUUAGGAAAUGUUUAAAAAAAUUACAGCCUUUCUAUUUGAACCAAGUUCAUAGUUUUUAUUAAUUUAACAACCCAGAAGUUUCUUCUUCAACAAUUGAGCUCAAAAUUAUUUAUACCUUUAUCAAAUUUAGAUUUAAGGCAUUUUUUUUAUUCCUAUGUUUCUUCAGACUAAAAGCAACAUCAACAUGUUGUAGUCUAACAUUAAGUCAAAAAUCGGAUGGGGAAUAAUUUUCCAAUUGCAAAGAUUUGGCAAAAGAUAAAUGGUACAACUUUGUGAGCAUAAGAAGGAGUAUAUCAGUAUGCUGCCAAUAAAUCUAAUUGAUAAUUGAGGAUGCAGACAGUUUUUGCCAUGUCAGUGUUGUUAUUUUCUUUUUGUUUACUCCUCUUAUAUAAUCUUUUUGUCAGUCAGGAGAUAUCUGUGUUAAUGCUGAUCCAAAACAAGCUUUUUAAUUCCAUCCAUCCAUCCAUUUUCUUGCACCCUUGUCCCUCAGUGGGGUUGGGAGGGGUGCUGGUGCCUAUCUC